AUGACGUUCCAUCUACCUGCUGCAGCAGUUGCCAUUUCCUUGACAUUGAUCGCCAUGACAAUAGGGACUGUCCCAGUUUUUGGCCAUUCCGAACCCUGUCCCUUCAACCCCUUAUGUACUUGCUCAAACUCCCUCCGUGACGUCAGCUGCAUCGGCGUUCCCUUUGCUGAAGUCCCUUUGUUGCCUCUGGAGGACGUUUUCCAGCUUACGCUACUCAAAGCAGGAGUCGAAAUUUUGCAUGAUCAUUCCUUUCAGAGUACUCGAAUAUCAUCUCUGAGAAUGAUGCAGAACCAGCUUUCACUCAUCCACAGUAAAGCGUUUCAUGGAAGCGAGAUGGCUCUGACUACAGUAGAUCUCAGUUUCAACAAACUGCAUAGGCUUCCCCAGGAGGCUCUUCAGAAACUGCGCCACCUCCAGUGGUUAAGUCUGCAUUCAAACGACAUCGAUGAUUGGCCAAGUCUGAACACCAAACCCAACCUCCAGAGCCUGUUUCUCGGGGACAACCGCAUAUCACACCUUCCCGAUGGAGCUUUUUCCGGACUCCACAAUCUUACGUCUCUGGAUCUGGAUCAGAACUGCCUAGUGCAGAUUGAUCGACAAGCAUUUCCUGUCUCACUCCAGACACUAUCUCUCUCCAAUAAUCUUCUUCAGCGCUUACCUGCAGAUGCCCUUCACAGUCUUCGGAAUCUCACGUGGCUUCAGCUUGGUGGAAAUUUGUUUGAUGAAAUGCCAAAGCAUUUAAGGCUACCAGUCAAGCAGCUCCGCAAACUGGACCUCAGUCACAACCUUCUCGUUGCUAUCCCUGCUCGUUUCAUGAAUGACACUGAUGUCGUCAUCACGAACCUCCACCUCGAAUUUAACUACAUUGAAACAAUAUUUAGCGCAGCCUUUAAAGGUUUAGUCGUGGAACGAUUGUCGUUGUCUAACAACAGAAUAUCCUCUGUUCCAGAUGGAGCAUUUGAAGGACUUCAGGAAAAACUGAAAGCACUAGACUUAAGUCAUAAUCUAUUAGAAAUAUUCCCAAAAGCCCUCAAAGACUUGACAUCACUGAGCCAUUUGUAUCUUCGCGGUAAUUCCUUGAAAGACCUGGAUCAAUACGACCUUUAUGGAUGUCGCUACGAUUUAGAAGUUCUAGAUCUUUCUGGCAAUAGACUAAGAAAGAUCCCUCGUGAGGCGUUGAAAAUAACACAACGAAUAUCACGAUUGAGUUUGCAAGAUAACUACAUUUCUAGCAUAAGUGCUGGAGAUUUCAGUGUUUGGGGACAGUCUCUAAAUGCGAUCAAUUUAGCUAACAAUGAGUUGAAAACAAUAUCAGCGGAUGCAUUUCUGGGGACCACUAAGCUGAGAGAAAUUCGCCUAUCUUACAACAGUUUAAACUCGUUCAAUUCCAGCAUGUUUAGGCCGUUAAAGUCAACUCUAGAGAUACUAGAAAUAGGAAGCUUCAGCACACCUGAUCUAGAAGCACUGCAAGGGAUGGGAAAGGUGAAGUGGUUGCAAAUGGAUCAUAUUAAUCUUCUAAAGUUGUCGCCCUCAACUUUCGCGGACAUGCCGUCUUUAAUCCACUGUGAUUUGGAGGGCAACAAGUUAAAAAUCAUUCCACUGGAGUUGUUUCGAAGCAAUGUACAUACACGCUUAAAUAGCAUUGUGUUUGCAAAUAAUGAAAUUGAGAGUGUUGAAACUGAUACUUUUAAUAAGUUACCUUUACUGACAAACAUUGUACUGUUCGGAAAUAAAAUUAAAGUUCUGCGUACUCAGUCAUUCAGAGACAUGAGCAUCUUGAACACUAUAAUUCUGGCAAGGAAUGAAAUUCAGUACAUCGAAAAAGCAGCGUUCAUGAAUUUGAAAAGUGUUACUAACAUAUUUCUUCAAGAUAAUCAGUUGACCGAGUUUUCCUUUGAAGGUUUUCAUAAAGUAGGUGAUGCCAAAAACCACGUAUUUUUAAAUCUAUCGAACAAUAAAAUCUCUCAGUUUUCCAAAAUAUAUGAGGAAAAAGAUGGAAAAAUAUACAUUAAAGUUAGAAGUUUAGAUUUCAGUUGUAAUCUUUUGAGUUAUAUGAAUGGUAAUUUUUUCCGCCCUGUAGGUGCAACGCUGCAUUAUUUAUUUUUGUCUUCGAAUCGAAUAACAUCUUUGGAUUCUUCCACGUUCCUCCACCUGCCAAAUCUUCAGGUGCUUCAUUUGGAUGGCAAUCUACUAUCCAACUUGCCAAACGGCGUCUUCCAAAACUGCCUUAUGCUGCAAAUCAUUCAUAUCGGUCACAACAACUUAACUACAAUAUUUUCAGGUGCUUUUCGAAAUCUCAGUUCUUUGCGUAUUCUCGAUUUGAGUUACAACAACAUAAAGACACUUCCAGAAGACGUAUUCAUUGGUACAAGUUUAGAACGGCUCAAUUUAUCCAACAACAACAUAUUCCAUGCACCAAUUCACAGUUUAGCCCAUGUGCGGUCGACGCUGCGAUACUUAGAUCUGUCUCAUAACAGAAUAUCUAGCAUUCCAACAAAUGGACUAAAUCAUCUUCAUAACUUGCUGAGCCUCAAUCUUUCUUGCAACCAACUAAAGAGCUUAUCAGAAGACGCUUUCGGGAAAUUAGUCUAUCUCCUGUACUUAGACUUGUCGCAUAACAGCCUUUGGAGGUGGGCUCCCCAUGAUGGACCGCUCAAAGCGCUGGUGUCACUCCAAACACUCCUCCUAAAAAAUUCCAGUCUGUCUCUUGUGCCCAAUUUUCCUUUGCCGUCAUUGCGUGUGCUAGAUCUUUCAUACAACCUGUUGAACAAUAUAUCAGAUCUCUCGUUCUCCAGCGUUAAAGAGUUGAGACAGCUGGAUCUUUCUCACAAUUAUUUGAGUGAAGUUCCGUCUCAUGUGUGGCCCUCCACAAGCAGACUGACAAAACUGGAUAUAUCAUAUAAUCCCAUUCAAAUAUUGCCAAUGAAUACUUUCCGGAAGCUUGAAAGACUUCGAGAACUGGAUCUUCGAGGACUUGAUUUGAAAGACAUGGAUUUCCGUAUUUUGCACAACUUGAAAUUUUUAACGACGUUCAAGACAAGCACAUAUGUCGGACUCAGCUCGUUCCGACUGCAAUACCUGCUCUCAAAAUCAUGCAGCCUUCGUCGAGUGUUGGUUGAAGUUGAAGAAACUAAUCUAUCACACCAACUCCAAUGGUCCUUCGGCUCAAAAUUACGGGAGUUGACGAUCACAGGAAGAAACUUACAGUACAUCUUACCAGAUGCUUUCCAAGGGCUACGUACCCACGAGCUUGUGCUGCGGAUUACAGGAACCAGCAUAAGCAGGCUUCCCAGUGGCCUACUUAAGUACUUGGCUGACAUACGAUACUUGACUCUAGAUAUCAGAGGCAACUAUUUAACUACUAUGGAUGAAGAUGUGCUAAGCCCCGCAAACAGAAUAAAGGCUGAAGGAUUUACAACUCAGCAUAUUUCGGGUGGUGUACUUUUGGACGACAACCCUUGGGUGUGUGGCUGUGGCUUGGUGUGGCUAGGCGGCUGGAUCCGCCGCUGGAUGCGCGAGACACUUCGAGUCCAGAUGCUGCAUUUUGACGGAUUCCUGUACGCGCAGAACCUCGCCCGAAGAACGUACUGUAUCCACCCUGGAACGAACGCAACCAUUGCCCUCGUGGACUUGGAACCCUCAGAAUUCGGGUGUCGAGAGGGGGCAGAUAAUGGCGCAUCCGUUGCAAAUCUAGGAGUUGUCUCCUUGCUCAAGGUCCUCAGCUUGCUCGCGACAGUUUGGUGUUACUCGUGUUACUACAUAGAAAGCAGCUGCGCGGUCUUUUCAGACUUCAGGACUUCAUAA